AUGAGCGAUGAGAAUGGUAUUUAUUGUAUCUGGCUUGAUCUUCAUAUAGGAAUUCUUGGAAAAUAUCAAACUUUCAAAGAGAAAUUUCAAAAGAGUCUUAAACCGAUUAAUGGUUUACCACCGAAUUCUAUUAAUAAUCUUAUAUUAUGUUUCGAGCAAGAAGUCGCUCCGAUCAAGUUUGUUUCGAAUAUAGAUGAUGCUUUGGCUUUGAUUCAAAAUGAAACUGACAAGAGAAUCAUUUUGAUCUCUUCAGGAUCAUUGGGCAAAGAUGCAGUUCCAUUGAUUUAUAAAAAUUAUCCACGUGUUUAUUCUUACUACAUUUUCUGUGCUAAUAUACUUAAUUACCUUGACUGGGCUAUGGACUAUUUACAUUGUUUGAAAAUCUUUGACCAUGAAACUGAUCUGCUGAUUCGUCUAACUCGCGAUAUUUCACAGGAAUUUAUUCGUUUGGGACGUUCAUAUCUAGCAGUAUACGAUGGUGAAAGUGCUCGAAAAUGUUUCGUAACUGCUGAAACACUGGAAACACAUGCUAAUGAUGCAAAUAGCCCGAAUCCUCCAGUUAGAAGGUGUCUCGAAAUGCUUCAAGGUCCAAAUGGUCUCAUUGAAAAGUCGCAGAAUUUAAAAGAUGAUCAAAGAACAGAUGAGACUAUAGGUUCAAACAAUCUAUUAAUUUAUACGAUUGAAGAUGAUACUAAACUAGUCGAUGGAAUAACACGUUAUAGUAACGUCGACGAUCUCGUCGAUAAAUUGGUUGAACUAGUUGUUAAAAAAUAUCAACAACAAGCAGAAACACAUAUGCAUGAAGGACAACGUCAACUAGCUGAUAUUGAAAUCAGAAUGGCUAAUCGUAUAGAGUAUGAAGUGCAGAAAUUAAGAGAAUCAUAA